GGCACGGCCAGGGGCUGCGCUUCGCAGCGGGCGAGCUGCUCACGCUGCUCCAGGUCCCGGACGGCGGCUGGUGGGAAGGCGAGAAGGACGACGGGCUUCGUGGCUGGUUCCCCGCCAGCUACGUGCAACUGCUGGAGCUCACCCUUGAUCUGGAAGACAUCUUUCUCCAUCUCUCUGCUGACCUAGUGGUUCCUGAGUGGUUUCUCUGAUUGUCUUUGUUCCUUCCAAGAUUGAAAGCCUGGGAUGGUCCCCCCUCCGCCGGGAGAGGAGAGCCAGACCGUCAUCCUUCCACCCGGCUGGCAUAGCUACUUGUCUCCUCAGGGCCGCCGUUACUAUGUCAACACGACUACCAAUGAGACCACCUGGGAACGGCCCAGCAGUUCUCCUGGGAUUUCAGCCAGCCCUGGCCCUCACAGGAGCUCUCUGCCUCCAACAGUGAAUGGACACCAAGCAUCAGGGACCCUGGCGCACCCUCCAGAGACUGCCCACAUGAGUCUCCGAAAGUCCACCGGUGAUUCCCAGAACCUGGGAUCCUCGUCGCCAGGCAAAAAACAGAGCAAGGAAAACACCAUCACAAUAAACUGCGUGACGUUCCCUCACCCAGACACAAUGCCUGAACAACAGCUGCUCAAGCCGACGGAGUGGAGCUAUUGUGACUACUUCUGGGCGGAUAAGAAGGACCCGCAAGGCAAUGGCACUGUGGCUGGCUUUGAGCUACUGCUGCAGAAGCAACUGAAAGGCAAGCAGAUGCAGAAGGAGAUGUCUGAGUUCAUCCGGGAAAGGAUAAAGAUCGAAGAGGAAUAUGCAAAGAACCUAGCUAAGCUCUCUCAGAACUCCUUGGCUGCCCAGGAGGAAGGCUCCCUAGGAGAGGCCUGGGCCCAAGUAAAGAAGAGCCUGGCAGAUGAGGCCGAAGUUCAUCUCAAGUUCUCCGCCAAGCUCCACAGCGAGGUGGAGAAACCCCUGAUGAACUUCCGAGAGAACUUCAAAAAGGACAUGAAGAAGUGUGACCACCACAUCGCUGACCUCCGCAAGCAGCUGGCCAGCCGCUAUGCCUCUGUGGAGAAGGCCCGCAAAGCCCUGACAGAGCGGCAGAAAGACCUGGAGAUGAAGACCCAGCAGCUGGAGAUCAAGUUGAGCAACAAGACUGAGGAGGAUAUCAAGAAGGCGCGAAGGAAGUCCACUCAGGCUGGAGAUGACCUCAUGCGCUGCGUGGACCUCUACAACCAGGCCCAGUCCAAGUGGUUUGAAGAGAUGGUGACCACCACACUGGAGCUGGAGCGGCUGGAGGUGGAGCGGGUGGAGAUGAUCCGACAGCAUCUGUGCCAGUACACACAGCUGCGGCACGAGACGGACAUGUUCAACCAAAGUACAGUGGAGCCUGUGGACCAACUGCUGCGAAAAGUGGACCCAGCCAAAGACAGGGAGCUGUGGGUCAGAGAGCACAAGACCGGCAACAUCCGUCCCGUGGACAUGGAGAUCUAGGUGCACCUGUGUGGCCCUGGGGGUCCUACUGAGGAGAGGGGCCGGGGGUCCAUGGAGAAGGGGUGUGUCUGCCCUACGACCUGCUGACCUGUCCCCUGAGAAGGAGGAAAAGAGCCGCUGAUUCCAGAAGGAGGGCCCAGCCAGGGGCUCCCCAACCUUCCCAGGCCAUAAAGAUGGACCCACAGCCCUGAGUCCAUCUCGAAGACUGAAGCCUCCCCCACCUCAACUCCCAUGCUGUGUUUGUCAGUCUGAGAGCAAACUAAGGCUAGAACCUUGGGGUCCCUGCUGAGCACCACAGGGGUGGCCAUCACACACCUGUGCCCCAGGUGUCCAAGGCCUGUCCUCCAGCUGGCAUCUCAUCCCCAGGGUUAUGAAAGAAGAAGGGAGGGGGUCUCUGUCUCCAAACAACAUCAGGAUCAGAAUCAAGGAUAGGAGGUACAGGGCAGCUCACAGCCCGCACCCACAACCUUUUUCAGCCCUCCCUACUUUCCCCCAUUGCAUUCUGGGAGCCCACAUCUAUUUUCUUUUCAUCCCGACAUGGGGCGGAGGGUGUCUUCCCAAUCCAAAUCUGGGGAGGUCAGGAUGGAACUACCUCAGUUGGCACAACCAGAUCAUGGCUCCCUUCGGUUUCAGAUCAGGCAUUGGCUGUAAAGUCUACCACGGAAGUCCCAGCCUACCCUUCCCUCGGGCCCCUCUCUCAAGGAUGGAGCUCUCCACCUCACCCUGGCUCCCUUUCCCAGACUCAACAGAGGCUGUUUUCCAAAAGUCCUCAGGCAGCUGUGUACAUGUGCAAAGGCUUUGGGGGUCAAGUCUCAGAAAGUCUUACCUGCCACAAGACCCGCCCCCACCCCCACCCCCACCCCUCAACACCAUGACAGCCGUGGCCAGCACUCUCCCAUGUGGGAUGGCCAUGAGAGGCAGGCUGGCUUCUUCGGUGAUGGCUCCUGCUGCGGGUGUGCACGAUGGGGUAGGAACCGCUGUCCCCACUACUGGCACUGGUCAGUAGUGCAGAUUCUCAGGACUGUAGGUUGUUGGCACCCAGAAAAGAAGGACCUCUAGGAAGUCACACAGUGAGCAGAGGGGCGGAGUCUAGCUGGGAACUGGUGCCCAGAGUUGGGGGGGUUGGGGGCGCCAUCUUUCUUCCUCUUUCCCACAGAUGACUUUGUAUUUGACCUGCCCAUCUCCCUAAAGUACAGAAUCCUCUGAGCACAGCUCACAUCUUUGAGUCUCACAUUCAAACAGCAGACAGCUUUCUAAUCUCAGACCUUUGGGCAGCUGAUCCACAGAGCCGUCUCUCAUGGUUGGUAGGAAGACUCCCAAUACAUUAAACCCAACUAAGCACUGUUGCCUUCCUUACUGGAACAUGUCAGCCACAAAGGCCACCGUGAGGGCAUUUCACCAACCUGCGCCCAGCAUUCCAGGGCUCAGCAUGGACCAUGACACCAGCUGCCAGUAUUGGGAUCUUAUUUCUUGGUUUCCUUAUUUUAAAAAAGGGUGCUAGUGGUAAUUUGCUUUGUGGCUUAGCAACUUAACUUGUGAAUGAUGGUAAAGUUCCAAGUCUUGUCAUACACAGGAGUUUGGGGUACCACAAUGUGGCUCAUGGCUUUGUUCCCUCACCCCCAUCCAAAGCGUUCAGGGUCCCCUAGGAGGUCACUUCCUCCAGCACAAGCCCAGUUGGCCGAUGUGAACCAGGUCAGUCUGAAGCCAUUUUUCCUUCACUGUCACCUCAUCUCCUUCUCAAUCUACCCACACUCACCUUUCCCUUCUUUUUCCCCAAGUCUUUCCAUUGCUCAUUUGUGAAGCGUUUUGCUCUAGACCAGGCACGUGUAAUCUCUCAUCUGAAGACAAGCUACAGCUCUGACAUGGCCUGUUAGACUCUGCUCUUCCUAGCAUAGUCUUGGCUCUCCCUCCUCGGAACUCAGCCCACGUGAGUUUCUCAGAGGUACCGGAUGUACGCUGGUUUAUCUGCAUCUGUGUGUUUGCACACUCAUUUCCUCAGUGAAUGCUUUGAGUACCGGAACUAGUCUCGUGCCUGAGAGGAACUCUCGGCCCCCCUCCUCAGGUAUACAGGUGUGUAUACCUGUAUUAAAAGAGCACUGCACUUCCCACCCACCCCCUGGGAUUCUCCAAGUAUUAGGAGAUUCUGACCCAGCAUCGAGAUUUGAGUCUCCUCACUAGCAAACUCUCAGCUUAUACCCAGCUCCAAUUGGUUUUCAGUAUGAUUCUUCGUAGGAAGACAAAGAACACGGAGGAGGAGGGUGCCAGGAAAUGACACCAGGCAGGGUAGAGUCCAGUGUCCAGCCACCUUCACAGCACUCUGUGGAGGAGGAAAUCAAGAUGAUUAAGUCCUAGAGCCUGCAAGUCCACGCCAGGGUUGAGGUUAAAGCUGCUGUUGGGGUCCUUGGUCUCUAUGCAGUGCUGGGACCAAGUCACACGUGUCUAGGCCAGUGCUCUACCACUUAGCUGCACCCACCCCUGUGAUCUUGCUUCUGUGGACACGUCGGUACAUGAAUUCUGAGAGGAUUUGGCGGGUCUGUUCAGAGUGGGCGGGCAUCCAUUGUCCAGGCUGAGAGCAGCUGAGCCCUUUCUACCUGCCCCCACGUAGGAGUGCCAACGCUCUUCAGCUUUGUCUGCAAAACCUGAUUUAAAAAAAAAAAAAAAAAAAACUCUAAAAUGAAUGAUGUUAAAAAAAAAUAUGGGUUAGUUGCCAUGGCAACCUUUCAUUAUUUUCUAGUACUUUUGAACAGUCCCACGGUGCGCAGGCCAGCUGAAGGAUGUGGAUGGCAGCCCUGGGCUGUCUCUGCUAUGGGGGCCUGCCUUUCUACCUCCACACAGGACCCCAUGGGCUCAGGAGGAUCUCUGCAACGGUUGGCUAGUAGCUGAAGCAAAGUAUCCAAAUUCAUGACAGGGGUUUGUGUGAAUCCCCUCUGUAAAAUCCAGCCAGUUACCAGGAUAGUGGAUGGGUGCAUCCAAGUUUUGACUCAGCCAAAGCCCCUUCCUGGAAACACAAGCCAUAACAUUCAGAAGGUGUCAAAAGACCUUGGCUUGUUUGGGGUUUUGCUCCUAGCUGUGAGUGGCCUGGACAAGAAGUUAAAGGGAAUCUAAAUACCUGCUGUCACUAUGACACUAUGAGAGGUGUAUUAAGGAUACAAAGUAGGAGAGCAGGUCAGCUGCCUGAUGGCUUAGCCAAGACACCCCCUCAUUCCCACACUUGUUCCCCUACCAAAAAGUAUCCCUCCGCCCUCCUUUACAAGGUAAUUGAGAUGUGACUAAAAUAUAGCAAAAUUGGCACAUUCAAAGAAUGUGUGUCUUUGGACCUUAACAUGUAUGAUCGUGUCAGCCACAACAAAGGGUGGCGUCAAUGUCCUUGUCCCAAUAGUUUUGCCUUUCUCUGCAAUGACAUGUAAUUGGAGUCAUGCUGAUAAAACCUUCUGGGUCAGCCAUGAUGUCAUGCAUGUCAGUAGAGGGUCCUUUCACUGCUGAGUGGUAUUCUAUCAUAUGGGUGGUCCCCAGGAUUUCCUUAGUUCUGAAAUGAGGGGUUUUUUUUAAUGCUCUAGAAGUCAUAGCCCCAGACCUCCAGUUUGUUUGUAAAACUGCUUCCAACCCACACCACUUUCUGCUUUACCAGGCUCCUUCUCCAGACACCAGCUGUGUCCUGGACUGGUUUUGCAUGCACCUUGUUGCUGAUUCUAGUUGGGGGUCAGUGCAGAAAGCAGGAAGUGGCAGCCACAGAGAGUCACCCUGCACUGUCGAGGUGCAAGAAGACCCUUCCCCUCAUGGGCCGUCACCUCAGUCUGAGGGGCCCUGUCGUUUAUUGAACAUUGACCCUUGGGCACAGCCUGACCCUUCCCUGAAUCUUUGUGCCAUCUGUCACUGGAGAGUGCUUAUUCUAGAAGGCUUCAGCUCCUGUGUUCUCUCCCCACCCUGGGCCCCUCCCCCACCCCUUGCUUAUUAGCACCUUACGCACAUGGUCAUAUGUGACCUGAUGUCAUCUGCACAGCAGUGGCCAGGAAUCCUCAUGGUGGGCGCUUUUCAUGGUAGACCCAAAGGGAAAAAAAGUCAAGCUGAAAACUACUUCGUUCCUCUCAGAACCCCCCCCCCAAAGAAACGAUAAGUCAGUGCCAGUACCUUCUGGGUCAGUCCCCAGGAGCCAGGACAAUGGUAAAGACCGGGCCGGCUGACCAAGCCCUUGGUGCUGGAUGUACCUUGACCUGCCAGCAGUCAUGCCGAGACUAGCUUGAGCCUGCACCCUACCGGGUAGCGGCAGAGAUAGGACCAAGCCCAGCUGAGGCCAGGCCAGGCUGUGGGCAGGGGAACUGUGGGGCCUGCUCCUCAAGGCUGUCUUGCUCAGGUACUGCUGGGUGGAUCCCAGAAGGAUGUUGUGAAGAUCCAGGUAGACUGAGGCAUUCCUAGAUUCAGGUGAGGGCCAGAGCUGGGAGCCUGAACCCAAGGGUCUCGAGAUAAAAGGAAAUGCUGCUAGGGCCCUGAGGCGGGAGAGCUCUUCACCCCUUCAACUGCGGGCUAACCACUUCUGGAGGCAAGUUCCUGAGGCGAGGGACCUAUUUCUCAAGGGGCAAGCUCCAAUAGGAGCCCCAAGAUCAAGGUUCCUCUGCCCUCAUCUUCUAGCAUUGAGCGUGGCUCUCGGGGACUGAACUACGGAGGCUUGGGCUGGGGGUAUGGGGACUGCCUUUAGACUCUUUAUGGGUUAUUUUAGGGAUGCAGGCCCUUUGUGCUUGAGGAGAGUUUCCCGUUGGACUGCAGUGGUAGAGUAGGGAGGGCCAGAGCCACAGUGUGACCCUGGGGCAGAAAGUAAGAGCAGAGACGGGCCCUGCCCUGCCUCCCAGCUCGUCCUGUAGCCUAAGGUCGGGCGUGUGUGUGCUCACCUGUCCCUCCCUUCAGCUUCCUUAAUGGACAGAUUCUUGGACACAGGCUCCAACAUUCCAAAGGACACCAGCUAACCCAGGUGAGGGCCCCACUCUCCGUGUCUUCCCUUGCCCGGGGAAAGAGAUGUCCAGAGGCUUUCCCUUUCGACCUGAGCACAUCAGCAAACCCCAUGGAAGUGGAAUUUUCUAACAAAAUAAACUUGCUUGUUUGGUCUGUUUUCUGUAACUUUUGCUAAAUACUUUAUACAUUUUUAAUGUUGAAAAGCAGUGUCUCCUGCCAGCAUUCCUCUCCUGGGGAUGAAUGUUUAUUCCACGCUGUAUAUCUUUUCAUGCUCCGGCUGCCUAGACCAGUAAAUAAAAUGGAUGUAAUAUAAGUUGUAAGUAACGAUGUCAAAACUCUGGUCCCAGUGGAGGCUGGAUGUCUCCCCCCACCCCAUAACAGCAUCUGUGUGUAUUAAUUCUGAAGAAUUAAAUGUUUAAAUUAGAGUUUAAA